AACGAAUAUGACGAUGCCAAUUGCACCCAGUGAGGUGGCUGCGAGCGUGAUCUUGGAUGCGCGGGACAUGGCAGUGACUGUAUCGUGAAGCGAUGGUCCUGGGUAGGCGUCGCCGGACAGAGAGUUUUGAGCAGAGGGAGCUUGGGCCACCACGCCAAGCAGUCCGCCUGUCAUGCACCUUCCGCGGCCUCAGCACCGCGAUAACGUACACCUCCCCAACACACUUCUGCUGCUCAAGAUGUCCGCCCAGAACUCCGUGGGAAUCCAGACGCUGCUCGACGCCGAGCGGGAAGCUCAAAAAAUUGUGCAGAAGGCAAGAGAAUACCGCACAAAGCGAGUAAAGGACGCCCGAAGCGAAGCGCAGAAGGAGAUCGAGGACUAUCGGAAGGAGAAGGAGGCCGAGUUCCAGAAGUUCGAGAAAGAGCACAGCUCCGGCAACAAGAAGGCGGAGGAAGAUGCAGCAAAGGAAACAGAUGUGAAGGUCAAGGAGAUUGACGCCAUUGGAAAGAAGUCUGGGUCCAAAGUCGUGGAGCAGCUGGUCGCGGCCGUGACCGACGCGAAGCCCGAGCCGCCGCGAGCGAGAGAUUGAUUGUCUCCUUCUCGAGCACCGCCUAUGGCCGGAACUUCAUGCAGUGACGGGAUACAUUUGGUUGAAG